CCUCCAGUCGCUGCUUGACGUCAGGGUAGAUCCGCAACUAUUGCAUCGAAAGAGAAUUGCAGAUAGAUAAAGAGGCAGAAGAGGACCAUCCAUCCGUCCGUAGGAGCAGACGAUCAGUUCCUGAGUGGAAAUCAACUAUACAAUGCCUUUAGGAGAGGAUGAAAAUGGAUGGAAAAAGAAGACCUCUGACAUCAAGGAAAAUUAUGAUUUCAAGGAGGUCUUGGGGACAGGUGCGUUCUCUGAGGUGUUCCUGGCUGAGGAGAAGAAGACCCAGCGACUUGUGGCCAUUAAAUGCAUCCCUAAGAAAGCUUUGCAGGGAAAGGAGAACAGCAUUGAGAAUGAGAUUGCUGUGCUACACAGAAUAAAACAUGAGAAUAUUGUUUCACUGGAAGACAUCUUUGAAAGUCAGUCGCAUUUGUAUUUGGUCAUGCAGCUUGUAUCGGGGGGAGAGCUCUUUGACAGGAUUGUGGAAAAAGGCUUCUACACAGAAAGAGAUGCCAGCAAACUCAUUCGGCAGAUUUUAGAUGCGGUCAAGUAUCUGCAUGAUAUGGGCAUUGUGCACAGAGACUUGAAGCCAGAGAAUCUGUUGUACUAUAGUAUGGAGGAGGACUCCAAUAUCAUGAUCAGUGACUUUGGCCUGUCUAAGAUCGAGGACUCGGGAAGUGUGAUGUCAACUGCCUGUGGAACACCUGGAUACGUAGCUCCAGAGGUCCUGGCACAAAAACCGUACAGUAAAGCUGUAGACUGUUGGUCCAUAGGAGUGAUUUCUUAUAUUCUUUUAUGUGGCUACCCUCCGUUUUAUGAUGAAAAUGACGCCAAGCUGUUCGAGCAGAUUCUCAGAGCAGAGUAUGAGUUCGACUCUCCGUACUGGGACGACAUCUCUGACUCAGCCAAGGAUUUCAUCAGUCACUUGAUGGAGAAAGAUCCGACUGUGAGAUACACAUGUGAACAGGCUUUACAGCACCCAUGGAUUUCUGGAGACACGGCUCUCGACAGGAACAUUCAUGAGUCUGUCAGCGCUCAGAUCAAGAAGAACUUUGCCAAAAGUAAAUGGAAGCAAGCAUUCAACGCAACAGCAGUGGUCAGACACAUGAGGAGACUGCAGCUGAGCACCAGCCUAGAGGGGCCGAGCCAAAUCAGCAGCACCAGCCCCUACCACAGACACCUGCUCCUGCCCGCCAAAGAGCUGGACCGCGAGGAGGACGAGGAUGAGGAGGAGGACCACAACAGUUCCUCGAGUGCGGAUGGGCGUCGAGGCAGUGCCGAUCGGGACAGUCUCAGAAGCUGUACUUAUUGCUGCCGACCAGCCAGUAGGAUCUGAAGCAGAACUCUGAGCCCAGCAGAACCUAGAGGAACCCAGAACCCAUGCACGUCCAUCGCACCAGUCUGACCCGGAACACAGAGCUUUCCUGGUAACAUGCACUAGAUGGAGCCAGUGCUGCUGGUGGGACGUGAGAGGAGAGCGUAAUUGUUCCAGACAUUCAGACUUGGGUAUAUCAUAGACAGAUAGUUACUCCUCUGUCGUUUUAAUUUGAUUACUAUUUCUGUACCCCAACCAAAGACAAUAAUAGGUUUAAGUUGUAUGUUUAUGGAAGGUUUAAUUAUUUAUUUGUUUAUUUUAUUAUCAUUCUUUUUUUUAAGAAAAAGUUCAGGUCUGUACCCCGUAGCAAUUUGGACUUUCUUGGAAAGCCACUAGUUAUACAAUGUCUCAACAAAUAUUAGUGUCUUAAUAAGCCCCACUUGCUCAGACGAGAAGUUCAUGAAAAAAAAAAAAAGAUAAUCAUAUUAUUUUUAAGCCUUAAUCCAUUGUGGUUUUGCUUUGUAAGGUCUGAUGGGUAGAGGUGGUGUUGAUUUUGUGAUCUGGUUCAGACUGGUACAAAACUGCAUAUGAAGUCAGGGCAGGAGUAUUUCCAAGCUGUAUUUCCAAACGGAGAUCACAGAAACUUGUUGUGGGUAUAAACCUUCAUUUGAAGAGUCUGGACAGAACAGGGCUUAGGAGAGUUCACAGUCCAGAUGCUUUUUUUACACCCAGAUUAAAUGCAAUACUUGGAUAAUAUCCACCAAUAAAUAUUUCUAAUUUUAGAUUUAUGGGGCAAAAGUAAUCUGUAGCUCAGUUCCAAAACCUACAUUAAAAAAAUAAUUGAUUUAGAUCUUAAUUUAAGAUGCAUGUUUUUAAAUUUGCAUAUAAAAUAUCCGUCUAUUUGAAUUACAGUUUUAACAUGAAAAUUCAUGCAUAUUUGACAAUCAUACAUAAAUGAAAGAAGCAAGAUUUCUGUAAUAAUAUUAAGAAACCAUGUUUAUAUUUUUAAUGAUCAAUAAAUCAGAUUUUUUUCAUCGAAUGCAUAUUACUAAUUAAAUAUUGGUUGUUCUAGAGCAAGCCAUAUUUUAACCAUGUUCUUAUUUUAUUUUAACUGAAUAAAUUUGAUUGUUUGCACAAUAAAUAGAUUAAGACAAAUUCGAAGCAUUUUUAAUAAACUAAUUUUGACAAAUGAAACAGGUGAGAAUUUUUGCAAUAAUACUAAUGUGUUUUAAAUAUAUAGUAACCAAGCUUUUUAUAUAUUUACCACCCAUAAAUCAAAUUA